AUGUGCGUUUCCCCACUAGAUAACCCAUUAAAUAUGGCGAUUAAUUUGUUGUAUAUUGAAUUAUUGAAAGAAAUUCUUGAAAAUAUUAUUGAUUCUCAUCAUUUAUUCUCAUGUAUUCUUGUCAAUAGAAUAUGGUGUAGGACCGGAGUUCCAAUACUUUGGAGAUCCCCAAAUCCUUCGGAGAAAUCUUUAUUACCUCUUGUUACAUCUUAUUUACGUUGUCUUCCUGAAGAACAAAUAAAGUGCUUAAAGGAUGAAAAUAUACCCUUACCGAAUGAAAAAACUCCAAUAUUUGAUUAUCCCUUUUUCCUAAAAACUUUAGACUUAAAACUUAUUAAUGAUAUGUCAAAAAUCUGGAUUAAUAAUUCCGGAAACAAAAAUCAUAUAGACUUUUUAAAGGAAAUAUUUGUUGCCUACUUCUUAGAGCAGGCUGAAAAAAUUUCUUUCAUUCAUCUUAAUGAAAGUGCUCGAACACUGGCCAUAAAUCAGAAUGCUCCAAAUUUAAAAAGGUUCAGGAAGCUUCAUAUAUCUUCAUGGAAAGAUGAAACGUCUUUCAUGGAGAAGAUUACUGAUCAUCUUCAGCUUAUUAGUGCUGAAUGUGUAAAUUGUAAAACAAAAUCUUUAGCAUUAGCGAGUCUUAUUCAAAAACAGAAAUAUUUACAACAUCUUAAACUUCUUUAUACGUCUAAUGAUGAUUAUUGUUCGAUUAUUUUUAAAUCUUUACCGAGUCAAUCAAAUUCUUUAAAGAAACUUGAGCUACAUCGUGUUAAUUUGAAUACGAUUGAUUCAUGGGAAUCAUGUUAUAAUUUAAAGGCAUUAGAAAUUCGAAAUUGCAUGGGAACUCGUGAUUUUUCAUCAAAUCCUUGGAAACCAAUAUUUCCAAAUUUACAAAAUCUUAUAAUUAUUAAUUACGAUCAUAAUCGUCAAUUUUUUGUUCCUUUCAUCGUCAAAAUAAUUGAAGCAGCGGCAAAAAAUCUUUUGCAUUUUAAAUGUUCGAUGUUGGGUGAUAUGUCAGAAAUCAUAACUUCCAUCGCCUUAAAUUGUCCAAAUAUUCAUCAUUUGGACCUUCAAUCUUCUUCAAGUUCUCAAAUUAUUUUAAUCUUAAAUUCUUGUCAUAAGUUGAAAACGUUAAAGGUUUAUUCUAAUGAUAUUAAUGAAUUCGCUUUUACCGAAAUGAUUAAACAUAUAAAAUCAUUAAAAAAAUUUUUAGUUAUAGGAUCCCGUGAUCACCAGUCCCUCUACUGUUAG